AAAAAUCACCUCUGCCAAAGAAUUCUAAGAAGAUGCAUGAAUUUAUAAAUUCAAUGGCGAUACCGAACCUCGAUUUUAAAAAGAAAUUUAUAAUCGAUUUCGAAGGCAUUCCAUAUAUCCUUUAUUACUGUCCAAUAAUAAAGACAAUUAAGACACUUCUCCAAAAAUCGGAUAUGACUAAGGACUUUGUGUUUCAGUUUGAAGAAAAAGUAAAGGUUAAUAUGAUUCGUCAAAAAGCAUUAAUAGAGACCACAGGUCAUACUAAGAUAAGAAAGGGUAGAACAUUGUCGGAAAUUAUGGAUCCUUUGCAAGUCGAAGGAGUCAAAAAUCUAUUCUCAACUCUUGACACUUUUCUGGAUAAUACAUCUAUAACAUCUCUUAAUAAUAACAAAAGUUUUGUGCAGUUAUAUAAAUGUGCAGUGCUGCAAUUGAUAGACAUUAUACGUGCUGAUUCAUCUUACAAUAAUGCUCUAUGGUUCAGCGAUGUUGCUAUUGCGAUGGAUGCAGAGGAAGCUAUUAAUUAUACUACAAAUUAA